GUUCAGGACCAGGGGCUAUUAUUUUCUCCCAUUGUUGUGUCAAAAUUUUUGAAUUCAUCUAAAUUUCUUUUUUCUGAAGCUGGUGCACGUGCUUAAAUUGAUACUUUUGCUGCUGUUUGAUUGUUUUUCAAUAUUUAACUUUAUUUUACUCUUGCAACAUAGCAGAAAAUGUCCAACAUUAAAUUACGGAGUUCAGAUGGAGAAGUUUUUGAUGUCGAUAGGGAAAUAACAAAAACAUCUGCCACAAUCAAAACUAUGCUUGAAGAUAUAGGAUUCGAUGAAAAUGAUCAAGAACCCGUGCCUUUGAAUAAUGUAAAUUCCGACAUCUUGAAGAAAGUUAUCGAGUGGGCAACUUACCAUCGAGAUGACCCUCCACUUCCUGAAGACAAUGAGUUAGAACUGAAACCAACAGAUGAUAUUAAAGAAUGGGAUAUCAACUUCCUUAAGCAGGUAGAUUUAACAACUUUAUUCGAAAUCAUCCGAGCGGCAGAUUACUUGAAUAUCAAAGGUCUUCUAGACACGGGUUGCAAGACUAUAGCUAACAUGAUCAAGGGAAAAACACCAGAAGAGAUUCGUAUUGCCUUCAACCUCAAAGAGAUUCCUCGUGAGCCCAACACGAGCGAUGACAUCGCUGACCCGCCUGCUGCUCCCUCAACACCACCUCCUCCUACACCUUAGGAGCUUCGGAAUUUUGCAAUUGUGAUUGAUAUAACAUCCCCUCACCCAUCUGGGGGAAGGUGGACAUUGUAAGGGACAUUUAUCAAUGUAUAGUGAAUAUAAAGCACCAAAACACAUACACAUGCAGAAACUCCCAAAUAGUUAGAUCUAAUAAAUUUUUGUUCCCCUUAUUAUUUUUUUUUUAAUCAUUUUAUUUUUAUUUGAUUGCCUUAUAUAUCUUGCCUUAUGAUUGUUGCAUUGAUCAACAGACUGCUUUCAGUUAAAAAGUUUUAGUCAACUAGUAAAAUACGUUCAACCAAGUACUGGGAUUUCGUACUUAAAAGUAGUAUUGCUCAAAUAGUUUUUUUCUUUUUUUUUUUCAAAUAUAUAUAUGUAUAUUUUUUCAUUAGUAAGAUUUCAGCUUGAUCUUUUUUGGUAAGUUGAAAUAUUAUUAGUCUUUUAUGGAAAAUGUUACGUUGCUUUAUGAUUUACUGGGGGCCUAUCAGCUGUGCGGAAAUUUCAAAACCAGGUUAAUGAACUCCUUUAUGUGCUAUGAUAAAUAUUUGUGUGUUUUGUUUUUUAAGUAAAAAAUUUAAAGAAUAAUCGCUUGAAAAUAAUAGUGACACAACUGAAAUACACCAAAAAUUAGAUUUUUAAUUGAAAAUAAUUUUAAAAAAUUAAUCUUUUAUAUGGAUUAAAGACACAAGUCAUUGAUAGCAAAGUUGCCGGUGGAUGGCAAUUUUGAUUAAAACCUAAUUUGACCAAAAUUUCUAGAAAAUCUUAAAUACUAGCACAAAAACUGCAUGAAAUAAACAAAAGGAAUAGUAUUAAUCAUUUUUAAGUAGCAUUACAAUAAUAAGGAAUUGUUAUGAACAAAACAACAAUAAUUUACAAAUCGCAGCAAUUAAAAAAAAAAUGGAUCUCCUGAAAAAACUGCAUUUUUGAGCUGUGUCACUAUUCUUUUGAAGCUGCGAAUCGUAAAAUGUAUGAUACUGAAUACUUGCUGUUUAAACUGUCUAGUUUUUGUUCCUUUUAAUAGUGUUAAUGCAUGUUCCCAUUAAUGACACUGAUAUCUUUUAAAUAAAAAUUUUACUCUGGUGCAUAAUUGACAUGGCUUUAUUUCUAUUAUUUUUUGUAACCCUUUUGUAUGAGAAAAGAUGUAAAGAGUAGUAAAAUGUAGAGAGAAUAAAAAAAGGUAUUAACACCUGUCAUUUAGGGAGGUCAGAGGAGGUGGCAAUUGCUCGCAACCUCUGCUUUUGAAAAAAAUGUUUUCACAUAUAAGUGAGCAUGAUUUUUGAGAUUUCUCGAUAAAUGUACAUUAUGUAUAGAUUUGAUACCCCUGGUAAAUUCGAAAUGACAGGCCUGAGAGUAUUCCUUUGGUUUUAAGAUUUCAUUUUUAAGGAAUUCUUGUUUAGUUCAUUGAGUUUGAUUUUUAAUUAUUGAAUGAAUAUUAAUACAAGAUAUAAAACAACAUUUGUUCACUGUUUAAAAUGUAAGUUGUGUAGAAAAUAAAGAGCUUUGUUAAAAGAA